GGGGCACUAUCUAUGUGGAUCCACGUGGUUUAUCACCGGGCGGCGCGUAUCAACGGCGGCUGAUAACGAGGCGGCGCAGGGGCUGAUAACGCGGGGCUACGUCACAGUGCGCCAGUGCAACACAUAAGCAGUGAGCGUUCGAACUCCGCGCAGAGUGUGACUGACAAUUAGCCGCUGUGACGAGUACGCGCGCGAGACUUGCUGCCGGUCCACAGUGUCGUUCCGCGAUUAUAGGCGUCGGUCAGUCCGCCGUUCGAUCGCCGGUCUAUCGCACGUACCCGUUUCCGCCGACCGUCGCCUCCGUGGCCAUCGCGAUGCACUCCUAAAGGCGUAAUAGCGCCUCCUCCAGCGAUCGAUACACGUGAUCCACCGUCGGAGACGAACGCAGAGCCACACAUCUGAGAGAGAUGCCUCAAAAGGACCGGAGUGUAACGACAAUGACGUCCCGCAACCGUCCGCAGACUGAUUCUAGGCCCAAUAAAUCAAGACCGAAGAAAAUAGACAAAGUAUUACAAAACGGCCAGAGUAAUUCUAAAUUCAAACAACUUAAAAAAUCAACAAAAAUGGAUGCCCACUCAAUUGUGUUAUGGAAACAUCCCAUCUUAACUUUAGAUCAUUUCUGUAAAGAAGUAGUUUGUUUAACCAAAUCAUUUGUUAAAAAAUUAAUUUGUUAUAAGUUAUAUGUGCUUUUGGCACUUUUAGUAAUUAUUACUCCAAUUAUUUUACUAUACAUUGAAGGUCCUCAUUUACCAAUAUUAAUAUGGGCAAAAUCAAAAGUUGUAUGGUGUCUCUACUGGUUAGGUUUAGGAGUUUUAUCAUCUGUUGGUUUUGGUACUGGCCUUCAUACAUUCCUUCUCUAUUUGGGCCCGCACAUUACCUCUGUUACUUUGGCUGCCUAUGAAUGUGGAGGACUUAACUUCCCUGAACCUCCAUAUCCAGAACAAAUUAUUUGUCCUGAUGAAGUUGACAGCGCCUGGGUAGCUAGUUUGUGGAACAUCAUGUUGAAAGUACGAGUUGAAGCUAUGAUGUGGGGAGCAGGUACUGCACUUGGUGAAUUGCCACCAUACUUUAUGGCUCGUGCUGCUAGACUUUCUGGUAGACCACCUGAUGAAGACAAGGAAGAUUUAAUAGAAUUUGAAGAAUUACUGAAAAAAGAAAAGCAUCCAGAAACAAUGACUAUGGUAGACAAGUCAAAAUUGUUUGUCGAGCGACUAGUAAAAAAAGUUGGUUUCUUUGGAAUUUUAGCUUGUGCCUCUAUUCCAAAUCCAUUAUUCGAUCUUGCUGGGAUUACAUGCGGACACUUUUUAAUACCAUUCUGGACAUUUUUUGGAGCUACUCUUUUGGGUAAAGCUGCCAUUAAAAUGAGUAUACAAGUGUUAUUUGUUGUGGUAGCUUUUAAUGAAACUCUCAUUGCAAGUGUACUUGAUAUUGUCGGUAAAAUCCCGGGAGUUGGAAAAAAAUUGCAAGCACCCAUUACAACGUUUUUAGAAAACCAAAAACAAAGAUUACAUGCUAAAAAAGACUCAAAGGGUACAAAUAUUGCUGUGAAAUUGUUUGACCUAUUUGUUUUAUCAAUGGUUCUAUAUUUCAUUGUGUCAUUAAUCAACUCUAUGGCACAAAAUUACUAUAAGCGAAACCAUAAGACUUCAAAAAAGCGAUUAAGCGACUGACAUACGGUUGUCAACCGUUUGAAAAAAUCUUAUCGUAAGUCCAAACGGCAUUGAAUAAUUACUACUCAUUCAUUCAUCCAAUUAUUUUCAUAUAACUUAAAAAUAAUUAUUUCUUGGUACACAAUAAUAAGUCUUACAUUAUAUAUUUAUUAUAAAUUAAUAAAUAUUACAGGGUUUUGAUUUAUGACUAUUAUUAUAAAAGUAAAAAAAAAUAAAUAUUUAUAAACUUAAUAUUACUGUAUUAUUAUGCUGCUCAAUAAACUAAAUGAUUAUUGUUACUGUUGUAUAACAAUACUAUCAACAUAUUAAAAUGUAUUAUCUUGGACGGCAAUUUUGAGCAGCUAUCACUUUUUUAUUUGUAUUUUUAUUAUGUUAGAAAUAAUAAUUUUUAUUCCGUAUGGUAUAUUUU